AUGGGUACAGGCAAGAAGGAGAGAAACCGGCUUGUCCGCCAGGGCAAGACCGGUACGGGCAUGGACAAUGUCAAGGUCAAGGGUGAAAAUUUCUACAGGUCGGCCAAAAAGGUCAAGACCUUGAAUAUGCGAGAGAAGGGCAACAAGGCCCAGCGAAACAAGGAAGGAAAGAUUGUUCAAGCUGCUGCCUACCAGUCUCGCGAUGCCCCCACCGCUCGCAUCGAGCCUUCAAGGAAUUGGUUCAACAAUACCCGAGUCAUCUCCCAGGACUCUCUCAGUGCCUUCCGGGACGCCAUGGCUGAAAAGGCCAAUGACCCCUACCAAGUGCUUCUGAAGAGUAACAAACUGCCAAUGACCUUGAUUCGGGACGGUUCUGAUACCAAUGGCCUCAAGCAGCACAAGGCUAAGAUGACUAUCGAGUCAUCAUCCUUUGCCGACACCUUUGGUCCCAAGGCUCAGCGCAAGAGAGUGAAGCUCAGUGUUGGCGAUAUGAUGGGUCUGGCCGAAGACUCGGAGAAGAGCAUGGACAAGUACAAGGAAAAGCUCGAACAAGCCAAGCUGCUCAGUGGAAACUCUGGCGCAGAUGCUGAGAUUGCUGGUGAUAUGCAGGUUGAAGAGCAAGAUCCACUUGCUCUGGCCAUUCAACCAGUCUUCUCCAAGGGUCAAUCGAAGCGUAUUGGUAAUGAGCUGUACAAGGUGAUUGACAGUUCUGAUGUGAUCAUACACGUUCUCGAUGCCCGAGACCCCCUAGGUACCCGGUGUUACAACGUGGAAAAGUACCUCAGACAAGAAGCACAACACAAGCACCUUGUGUUCGUACUGAACAAGUGCGAUCUGGUGCCCACAUCUGUUGCCGCUGCAUGGGUGAGGAGUUUGUCCAAAGAGUACCCGACCUUGGCUUUCCAUAGCUCAAUCACCAAUUCUUUUGGUAAGGGCAGUCUUAUUCAGCUUCUGCGCCAAUUCAGCGGACUGCACAAGGACCGGAAACAAAUCUCCGUCGGUUUGGUUGGAUACCCCAACGUCGGAAAGAGUUCGGUCAUCAACACGCUCAGGGCCAAGAAGGUCUGUACCGUGGCUCCCAUUCCUGGAGAGACCAAGGUGUGGCAGUAUAUAACUCUGAUGAAGAGGAUCUAUCUCAUCGACUGUCCUGGUGUUGUACCACCGAACCAGAACGACACACCCCAAGACAUUAUCAUGCGCGGUGUCGUCCGUGUGGAGAAGGUGGAAAACCCAGAACAAUACAUCCCUGGCGUUCUUGCCAAGGUCAAGACCCAUCACAUGGAGCGUACUUAUGAGCUCAAGGGCUGGACUGAUCACAUCAACUUCCUUGAAAUGCUUGCUAGGAAGACUGGUCGUCUGCUCAAGGGUGGUGAGCCAGAUGUUGACGGUAUUGCCAAGCUGGUGCUGAACGACUUUAUGCGUGGCCGGAUCCCAUGGUUCACGCCUGCACCAGUGGUUGAAGGUGAAGAGGGCAAAGCCAGAGAGGGCAGAGAGGGCAGACUUGGAGAAAUGCCUCUGAAGCGUAAGAGAGAUGACGCUGAGAGUGUAGCAGAUACCUCUGUUGCGAUCUCUGAAGAUGUUGCUGAAAGUGACUCGGAAGACGACGAAGAGGAGGAGGCUGAGGAAGAUGAGUUUGGUGGCUUUGACGAUGACAGCGACAGCGAGAGUGAUACAGAGGCCAUCACCAAGGCGAAGAAGGCUGCUGCGGCGAAGUCUAAGUCGAAGCUUUCUGAUGCUGAAGACAUGAUACCCCUAGAUUCGUCAAGCGAUGAGGACGAGUGA